AUGGCAGGGGCAGCCAGGUUCAUGAACUGCAUCAUGGAGGUGUCCUGCACACAGCCUGAGAGCAGCAAGAAGCCCAAUGCCGAGGCCAUGAUGUUCAAGGAUUAUUACUUUGACUCCUAUGCCCACUUUGGCAUGCAUGAGAAGAUGCUCAAGGAUGAGGUGAGGAUGUUCACUUCCCAUCAUUCCAUGUUCCAUAACCCACACCUGUUCAAGGACAAGGUGGUGCUGGACAUAGGCUCAGGCACUGAUAUGCUCUGCAUGUUUCCUGCAAAGGCCAGGGAGAAGGUCAUUGGGACCAAGUGUUCCAGCAUCUCUGACUUCUCUGUCAAGAUCGUCAAGGCCAACAAACUUGAUCACGUGGUGACCAUCAUCAAAGGGAAGGUGGAGGAGAUGGAGCUCCCUGUGGAUAAGGUGAAUGUGAUCAUCAGUGAGUGGAUGGGAUACUGGCUCUUUUAUGAAUCCAUGCUCAACAUUGUCCUACAUGCCCAAGACAAGUGGCUGGCCCCUGAUGGGCUCAUCUUCCCUGACAGGGCCACACUCUAUGUGACCACCAUCAAGGACCAGCAGUACAAGGAUUACGAGAUUCACUGUUUGGAGAUCUAUGGCUUCAAUAUGUCCUGUAUCAAGGACUUAGCCAUCAUGGAGCCUCUUGUCGAUGUGGUAGACCCUGAGCAUCUGAUGACCAAUGCCUGCCUCAUCAAGGAGGUGGACAUCUACCCAGUGCACAUGGAUGACCUUACCUUCAUCUCCCCCUUCUGUCUUCAAGUGAAGAGGAAUGAUUAUGUCCAUGCCCAGGUCACCUACUUCAACAUCGAGUUCACCAGGUGCCACAAGCUCACAGACUUCUCCACAAGCCCUGAGUCCCCUUACACACACUGGAAGCAAACUGUCUUCUACAUGGAGGAUUACCUCACAGUGAAGAUUGGCAAGGAGAUCUUUGGCACUAUUGGCAUGAGGCCCAACACCAAGAACAAUCGAGAUCUCAAAUUCACCAUCACCCUAGACUUCAAAGGGCAAUUGUGGGAGCUCUUGUACUCCACUGACUAUUGGAUGCGCUGA